ACGCACCUGCUCUCAAAGCUACCCAUUCCAGACAGCCAGGUCCUCACUGUCAAUCCUGCCCUGCCUGUAGAGGAUGCUGCGGAGGACUACGCCAGGAAACUGAGGCAGGCCUUCCAUGAAGACACUGUUCCUGUGUUUGACCUCCUGAUCCUGGGAAUAGGCCCGGAUGGCCACACCUGUUCUCUCUUCCCUGGUCAUCCCCUCCUACAGGAGCAAGAGAAGAUCGUGGCUCCCAUCAGUGACUCCCCAAAGCCACCACCGCAGAGGGUAACCCUGACACUCCCUGUGCUGAAUGCAGCCCAGAGUGUGGUUUUCGUGGCCACAGGGGAAGGCAAGGCAGCUGUGCUCAAGCGCAUCCUGCAGGACAAGGAUGGAGCACUGCCCGCCACCAUGGUGCAGCCGCGCACGGGCUCCCUCUGCUGGUUCCUGGACGAGGCAGCCGCGCGGCUGCUGUCUGUGCCCUUCGAGAAGCAUUCCACGCUGUAACGCGGAGUGGGCACGCGUGGGUACUCCGGGGCUGGCCCCCGGCCUCCACCCUGGGCUUUCUGGAAAAGCCUCCGGGGGUCGCGGGACUGGGCCAACUGGGAAUUAAACGGAGCAUUCCUGGAA